GGAAUCCAAACACAUGAUACCUUGGAGAAAUCCAAGAUUGCUCUUGUGGUUCUGUCCAAGAACUAUGUUCUGACCAUGUGUUGUCUAGACGAGCUUGUCAAGAUCAUCGCAUUUGGACCCGUCGUAAUUCCAAUCUUUUAUGAUGUGGAUCCUUCGGAGAUGAGGACGCAUGAAAGUUUUGAACAAGUGUUUGAUCAAKAUGGGCUGCCACGUGAUGAUGAUAAGAUGAAGCGAUGGCGGCAUGCUCUCGGUCAAGUUGUGGAUUUGGGAGGAAUGGUGUUACAAAAUCGGCACGAGUCGAAGUUCAUCAAGGAAAUAGUUCAAGUGGUUGAAAGAAAACUUAACCGAAGGAACCUAAGUGUCGCACCGUACCCAAUCGGACUAGAUUCACGGGUCAAAAGUAUCAACCGAUGGCUACGAGACGGAUCAACUCAUGUCGGCAUUAUGGCGCUAACCGGUAUGGGAGGAAUCGGGAAGACUACGGUUGCCAAAACCAUCUAUAACCUAAACUUUGACAUAUUCGAUGGCAGCAGCUUUAUUUCAAGCAUUAGAGGAGCUUCAGAACAASCAAGCGGUUUGGUUCGUUUACAACGACAACUCCUUUCCGACAUCUCUAGAAAAAAAAUCAAGAAAAUCCAUAACAUAGAUGAAGGAAUCAUGAAAAUUAGAGAUGCCAUAAGUUGCAAAAGGGUGUUCAUUGUUCUUGAUGAUGUCGACCAGUUGGAUCAACUAAAUGCCAUGCUCGGCCUGCGAAAAUGGUUCUAUCCUGGUAGCAAAAUCAUCAUAACGACACGACACAAAUCGCUACUGAAAGCUAAACAAGAAGUUGAGGUGUGUGAAAUUAAGGGAUUUAAUGGUCAAGAAUCACUGGAGCUCUUCAGUUGGCAUGCUUUUGGAGAAGAUCAUCCUCCUGACCRAAGUUACACCAAGCUCUCUAGAAAGGUUGUCUACCACUGUGGAGGAAUCCCGUUAGCACUCGUUGUUUUGGGAUCAUCGUUGCGUGGUAGAAGCGUAGAUAUAUGGGAAAGCGCUUUAAAGAAACUGCAAGCGAUUUCCGAGAGAGAUAUUGUGGGGAAACUUAGGAUAAGCUACGAUUCCUUACCGGAUGACCAUGACAGGGGCUURUUUCURGAUAUUUCU